AUGAUUCCUGAGGGUCUUGACAAAAGGCCCUUGAAGGAUAUCAUUGGUGAGAUUGUGGAGCACAAGUUUAACUGUGUGCGUCUCACCUACGCAAUCUACAUGUGGACACGUUAUGUCCACGACAAUGUCAAUGCCACGUUUACCUCUUUGGAUGUACCAGGUGUGGUCCAAGGCAUUGCCAAGAACAACCCUUUUGUGUUAUCCAUGACACAUGUUCAGGUCUUUGAUUACGUUGUUCGUGAACUUGGGAUUCAGAAUGUGAAAGUGUUACUUGAUAACCACGUGAGUGAGCCAAAGUGGUGUUGUAAUGACGAUGAUGAGAACGGUUUCUUCCAUGAUAGACAUUUUAAUCCUCAAGAAUGGGUGUAUGGCCUUACUCGGCAGACCAAACACUUUAAUGGAAACCAUGUUAUUGUAGCAAUGAGCUUGAGGAAUGAAUUGCAUGGUCCACGCCAAAAUUUGUAUGACUGGUACAGGUACAUGAGCAAAGCAGCAGUGUCUAUACACAAGACAAACCCAAAUGUGCUUGUGGUUAUCUCCGGAUUGAAUUAUGAUACUGAGUUGCAGUUCUUAAAGAGUAAACCAUUGAAGAUAGAUUUGGGUAAGAAAAUGGUGUUUGAGACACAUUUGUAUUCAUGGUCUGGAAUUGGAACACUGAAAUUGAGAGAGAUAUGGACAAAGCAACCAGUGAAUAGGAUAUGUGCCGAUAACAUUAAAGGGAUAGAGGACAGAGCUGGAUUCCUCACAACUGGCAAGAAUGCAGUUCCUUUGAUUUUUACAGAGUUUGGGUUUAACGAGGUAGGUUCUUCAGUGGAGGACAACAGGUUCUUGACAUGCCUUCAAACUUAUCUUGUUGGGAAAGAUUUGGACUGGGGUUUGUGGGCUUUUCAAGAUGAAGGCACAGGACAACGUGCGAAGUUGGCAUGUGCCAAUUGGGCUGGCCACCUCCAACCAAUGAUUCCUGAGGGUCUUGACAAAAGGCCCUUGAAGGAUAUCAUUGGUGAGAUUGUGGAGCACAAGUUUAACUGUGUGCGUCUCACCUACGCAAUCUACAUGUGGACACGUUAUGUCCACGACAAUGUCAAUGCCACGUUUACCUCUUUGGAUGUACCAGUGUUACUUGAUAACCACGUGAGUGAGCCAAAGUGGUGUUGUAAUGACGAUGAUGAGAACGGUUUCUUCCAUGAUAGACAUUUUAAUCCUCAAGAAUGGGUGUAUGGCCUUACUCCGGCAGCCAAACACUUUAAUGGAAACCAUGUUAUUGUAGCAAUGAGCUUGAGGAAUGAAUUGCAUGGUCCACGCCAAAAUUUGUAUGAUCGGUACAGGUACAUGAGCAAAGCAGCAGUGUCUAUACACAAGACAAACCCAAAUGUGCUUGUGGUUAUCUCCGGAUUGAAUUAUGAUACUCGAGUGAAUAGGAUAUGUGCCGAUAACAUUAAAGGGAUAGAGGACAGAGUUGGAUUCCUCACAACUGGCAAGAAUGCGGUUCCUUUGAUUUUUACAGAGUUUGGGUUUAACGAGGUAGGUUCUUCGGUGGAGGACAACGGGUUCUUGACAUGCCUUCAAACUUAUCUUGUUGGGAAAGAUUUGGACUGGGGUUUGUGGGCUUUUCAAGAUGAAGGCACAGGACAACGUGCGAAGUUGGCAUGUGCCAAUUGGGCUGGCCACCUCCAACCAAUGAUUCCUGAGGGUCUUGACAAAAGGCCCUUGAAGGAUAUCAUUGGUGAGAUUGUGGAGCACAAGUUUAACUGUGUGCGUCUCACCUACGCAAUCUACAUGUGGACACGUUAUGUCCACGACAAUGUCAAUGCCACGUUUACCUCUUUGGAUGUACCAGGUGUGGUCCAAGGCAUUGCCAAGAACAACCCUUUUGUGUUAUCCAUGACACAUGUUCAGGUCUUUGAUUCUGUUGUUCGUGAACUUGGGAUUCAGAAUGUGAAAGUGUUACUUGAAAACCACGUGAGUGAGUCAAAGUGGUGUUGUAAUGACGAUGAUGAGAACGGUUUCUUCCAUGAUAGACAUUUUAAUCCUCAAGAAUGGGUGUAUGGCCUUACUCUGGCAGCCAAACACUUCAAUGGAAACCAUGUUGUAUCAAUGAGCUUGAGGAAUGAAUUGCAUGGUCCACGCCAAAAUUUGUAUGACCGGUACAGGUACAUGAGCAAAGCGAGCAGUGUCUAUACACAAGACAAACCAAAAUGUGCUUGUGGUUAUCUCCGAUUGAAUUAUGAUACUGAGUUGCGGUUCUUAAAGAGUAAACCAUUGAAGAUAGAUUUGGGUAAGAAAAUGGUGUUUGAGACACAUUUGUAUUCAUGGUCUGGAAUUGGAACACCGAAAUUGAGAGAGAUAUGGACAAAGCAACCAAGUGAAUAG